AUGAUACUUAACAUUGAUCUUGCCAACACCGACUUGGGUAUUUUGUCCCAAAUGAACGAAGUUGUUUUUAUCUCCAGUAAUGUGUUGUGUGGAGUGUCUGUGUUGAUAUCGACAGCCAUCAGUGUGGACAAACUUCUUGUCCUGUUGUUGAGGCUAAAAUACAGACAGGUUGUGACUCUGAAGCGAGCUCAAGUUGUUAUACUUUUUUGCUGGGUAACUGCUGUUUCAUGUGGAUUGGUUCACGUCUGGAGUCAAACGAUUUCACAGAUUUUCGUUUUAAUGAUUGGAUUGGUUUCUUUAGUUACUUCCGUGUUUUGCUACGUAAAGAUCUACCUGAGACUACAGGGGAAUCAGGCUGCAGUAGAAGAGAGCUUUGGGGGUGGACAGUCAAACGAAGAUGAAGAGGUGGGUGGAGGAGAGAAAGGGGCAGGAAGAGCCACAGAGGAAGGAGUAGGAGAAACGACAGGGGCAGGUAGAGACACAGAAGAAGAACCAGGCGCAGGAGUAGAAGGCACGGGAAGAGCGACAGAUGGAAGAUGUUUAAGAGCAGGGGCAGCAAAAGUAUCACCAAAGCGAAGAAUUCAAGAAAGAGUUCGACUGAAUAUCGUACAAUAUAAGAAAGUAGUUUCCAGUAUAUUCUGGUUGCAGUUGACUUUAGUAGCAUGCUAUGCCCCUUUCAUAACUGUUUCAUUAUUGAGACAUACAUUGCUCAGUGGAAAAACAGUUUAUAGUCUUUGGUUGUUCACGGUAACUUUAGUUUAUUCAAAUUCAUCUCUGAAUCCCUUUCUUUACUGCUGGAAGAUCAGAGAAGUGAGAAUGGCAGUAAAAAACACAGCCAAGGCGUUUUGCUGUUGUUUGUAG